CUAGAACCACUUUUUUAAUUGUCACAGCUAAGUCUGAUUGAUACCACAAGCGACGCCAUUGACAGGUUCUGGUAUCAUGGCGUACGCUCAAAACUUCAUUGCAGUUCUCUUCAUCUCUUUCACCUUCGUGUCUACUUCAUUCUCUCAAUCUAUUCUCGGAAAUUCCCCACAAUUAUUGGACCUUUUUGCCAUCAAUCGCCUGUUCCGCCACCGUAAGAUUCCCAAUGACGAUGCUCUCUACUGUGACAGCUGGCGAUUCACUGUCGAGACUAAUAACGCUGGUUUAUGGUCUAUAAUCCCUGAAAGAUGUAUUUCCUUCGUUCAGGACUACACUACCGGGGAUCGUUAUUCUUCAGAUUCAGCUGCAGUGGCUGACCUGUCACUCGCGUUUGCCAAUACAGUUAAGGUUUCAAAUGAUGGAAUGGACGCUUGGGUCUUCGAUAUUGACGAAACGCUGCUCUCCAAUUUGCCCUACUAUGUGGAACAUGGCUUCGGAUCGCAGAUCUUUGAUGAAAUCGCCUUUGACAAAUGGGUGAAUGAAGCUAACGCUCCUGCUAUACCUGCAAGUUUAAAACUGUACAAGGAGCUACAGCAGCGAGGAUUUACUAUAUUCUUGUUGACUGGUCGGAGUGAAUAUCAAAGGAACAAUACAGAAAAGAAUAUGGUGCAUGCUGGAUACAGCAAUUGGGAACGGCUUAUUUUGAGGGGACCUUCCGAUAAAGGUAAACUGGCAACCCAAUACAAAUCUGAGAAAAGAAAGGAGUUAGAAGAUGAAGGUUACAUGAUUCGCGGGAACUCUGGAGAUCAGUGGAGUGACUUGACAGGUUUUGCUGUAGCACAGAGGUCCUUUAAACUUCCAAAUCCCAUGUACUAUAUUGCAUGAUAAUAGAGUGGUCUAAAAAGUGUAUGGUGUUCUUUGAUAAUUGAUGUUGCAAUUCUGUGCUACUACUGAACUUUGUGUAUAUCAUUAUUCUAAACACAUUUCACAAGAUGUGGACACCUUGUUCAAUUGGAACUGGUCUCUUACUUUUCCAAAUAAUUGUAAGACCCCGUGUAUUUUAAUAUUUUCAUUUGGUGCGUCAAUUUAACUUUCGUUGAAUAGAUGAAUGAAAAUAUUACUACAAUUA